UUCCUUUAGUAUUUAUUAGACAUUUAAAAAGUAUAGACGUACAAAAAAUUAAGCAUGGAAAGUUUGUCAGAAAUCUUGGAACCUUACAAAGAUUAUGUGGCAAAGGCAGCACAAUUGCUAACAUUAGUGCAGAUAGCUAGUCCAAUUCCAGUGUUCUAUGGAAUGAGCAAAACAAAAUCAACAAAUGGAAUGCCAUCGUUGAUGUUUCUUCUUAUUACUGUUUUCACAGCACUCGGUACACGCUUCAGUGUAUUGAUAAACGACGAUGCUUCCUUUAAUUCAAACGCUAUCGGCUUAGCUCUCUCAGUGGUUUACGUGACUAUAUUUUACUAUUACAUCCCAGCAGCUGAAAAGAGUGCUGAAUAUAAGAAGCUGUUUGCAACCAUAGCGUUCAUUGUUGGAGUUCUCGUAUAUUCUGAGUAUGAAGAUCCUGAGAAAAUUGAGCAUAGAUUUGGAUUGAUAUUCACAGCAUUAUUCCUCGGAUUUAUGAUUCUUCCAAUUAUGGAUACAAUGAGAGCAUUUAAAGAAAAAUCAACAAAGCACAUGCCAUUCCCAAUGAUUAUCACUGGUUUCUUUGUCGGUCUUAGUUGGUUCCUUCACGGUAUCAUCAUCCAAAGUGGAUUCGUUAUAGGCCAAAAUGCACUAAUGCUGGUAAUUAAUAUAAUUCAACUGUCAUUGUUUGUGAUUUAUCCAUCCGACCCUUCAACAAUUAAAGACCAGCAACCGAGCAAGAAAAAGAGAAAUAAAAAGGCGGACUAAGAAUUUAUUCACAAUCAAAUUUGAGCUUAAUGAAAUGGUUUUCCUGACGUCCUUCAUCUCAUAAUGUGGUUGAGAAAAAGUUUAAAGAAGGGAAAAAUUAAAACUUAAGACAACAAACCAUUGUAAAUGAAUACCAUUAAGCUGUUUAAGGAAUAUCAUUUUACAUUUUAAUGAUUGGUGUAGUUAGAAAUGAAUUUUUGAAAUAAACUUACAAGAUUUUUACUA